CAGCGCUCAUUUAUGCCCAAUCCUCCGCAUCUGGAAGAGAAGGAAAGGUGCGCUUUCGCGGAGGGCACAGGGAGCGCCGCUCGCGUGCAGGACAUCGGGACACUGGCGCAGUCGUGCAAAAAGCAGGCCCAGCCUAGGCCAGCACCAUGGCAGCGCCCACAGAUGCGGAGAAUCUGUGGAGGUUGCGCCAAGUGUUGCCAGUGCUGGGUGGCCCCCCCGACCCCUGUGGGAUGCUGGGGCCACAAGUUACUUCACUGCUGACUGCUUUAAGACACGCUGAGAAAAGGAAGCAGCUGACAUCAGCACAGAUUGACGAGUGCAUCCCAAUGCUUCUUGCACUAUUGGAACAACCUAAAAAUUCUUCUGUAGUUAGAGAUGUGGUCAUGGCCUUAAAAGAAAUAGUGAGUGAACAGAAAGGUCGGACUCGCCUCCUGGUUGAGCGAUGUGCAACUCAGGUGCUGCUACCAGUUCUACUGAGGCACCGCGACAUGGGUCUGUCCGAGCCGGCAUUUCUGGUGGCCCUCUGCAACCUGCUAUCUCGUUUAGCUGCACAAGAUCAAAAGUUCUGCUUGAGGGCUCGUGUUCUGGGUGCAUACAAAGUUCCAUUGGAAGAGCUUCGGAAAUUCAAGGUCAAAAUCAAGGUUAAGGUUGCCAUCUUGCUGCUGCUGAAAAGACUGCUUGGCAACAAGCAGAAUGCCACUCUUCUGGGUAAUGAGGGUCUGCUGACGGAGUUGUUCUACUUGCUUGAGGGCAACAGUACGGUCUGCCUCCAGACUGCCUUGACCUUGGAGUGCUUGUCUCUGGCUACCUGCUCGAAGCGCAAUGUGCUCGAGCUGGUUCAGCGGGGCCACCUGAAGCAUCUGUUGGCUAUGAUAGAGACAUGCAACGUGGGUGCCCUUCGAGGGGAUGCUGGCCUCAACCGCAAGGAAAGGCUUCUCUAUCGUAUGAUGCGGGCGGACCUGGAAUGUCUUAUCAACAUUGCGAGGCAUAAGGCUGGUCGACGGGAGUUGCGGAAGCAAGAGGUGCCACAGUUGUUGUGGCGUUGGGCUUCAUCUCUUGGCCUCGGUGAGCAAGGCGACCGUCUUACGAGGGGAGUGUGCCAGGUGGUUCACAGAUGUCUACCUCCAUGGCCACUACCCAUCACCAAGGCCCAUGGCCCCCUGCAGUGGCCUCUUGGUACAGGCAGCAAUGAGGCCCUGCCAGUGGCUGAGGAGGUCCCAGGGACUCAUGCUUCCAGUGAUCAUGAUGAGCUGCAGUCUUCCCAAUCAGCCACUUCAUCAGAGCACGAGGCUGAGCUAGAUGACCCACCUGACACAACAAAGUGUGAGCCUUUGCCUGAAAAAUACCAUUUGGAAGUGGACUUAGAGUCAUAUUCAAAGUUUUUCCCAGAAUUGAAGGACCAUAAGGGAACUGUGGAUGUUGGCCCAGUUACCACUGCAGAGCUGUCCUUGCCUGCAACGACAAAGAGCACAGAAGUUGGAGAUCCUUUAGCAAAUCUCAAGUGUAGCUAUGAGCUUGUGGUGCAAAGCACCCAGAGUCUUGUGCCUUUGGUGAAGAUUGCCUUUCCAGAAAUGCUAGGCCACUUGCACACUGAGUCAUUGGAGCGGCUGCACUCAUGCCAAAAUUCUGGUGCAAGAAACAAGAUACUUGAAGAAGUGCGGAUUCGCCUGGAGAAUGCGAGGGAUUCAAACAAUUUUCCUGUUGUAUAUGACUAUGACAGUCUAGCCCUGCACAGCCUACCUCCAUCGAGACCUCUGAUGAACAAUGAUGUGCCACGAUCUCUUCAGGAAGUAGUCUCUGAGCGGCUGUGGUUUGAGUCCCGCUUUGAAGGUGGAAACCUUCGUAAGGCUGUUCAGAUUGGGCCAUAUGAGUACAAUCUUCUCAUGAGUCCAGACAUCAACACAAGCCUCCACCAUCGCUGGUUCUACUUUGAAGUGGCAGGCAUGCGCAGUGAUGUUGACUACACAUUCAACAUUGUAAACUUUGACCGCAGUGGAAGCCUGUACAAAGAAGGCCAGUGCCCCUUGCUGUUCUCGGUCAGGGAUGCGUCCAAUGGCCGUGGCUGGCGUCGUGUGGGUGGUGGCAUCAGCUACCAGCGCAACCUGCACUGGCGAGCUGACAAGGGACCCCUCUUCACACUGAGCUUCACUGUCCGUUUUCCCCAUGCUGGAGAUGUGUGCUACAUUGCCAAUGGCUUUCCUUAUGGUUUCUCUCUCCUUAAGGCACACCUUAAGCUUUGGCUCAGCUCGUAUGACCGCAGCAGCAUAUUCCUGGAGCGACAGGAACUGUGCAGGACCAUGGCUGGCAAUCCCGUGCCUCUGUUGACCAUCACAGCCCAGCCCCUGGAAUUAUCCAGGCCCCACGUUGUGCUUAUGGCUCGAGUACAUCCUGGUGAAACAAAUUCUUCGUGGAUAAUGAAAGGAAUAAUAGAUUUUCUUCUGAGUGACAAGCCAGUUGCACAGCGAGUCCGUGAAACCUUUGUGUUCAAGCUGGUGCCUAUGCUGAACCCUGAUGGUGUCAUCAAUGGAUGCCACCGCUGUUCGUUGGCAGGCCAAGAUCUGAACCGGCAGUGGUCAUUCCCAGACCCAGACUUGCACCCCACAAUCUAUCACACCAAGGCACUUCUUGUCUACUUGGCACACCAAGGACACACUCCGCUGGUGAUGUGCGACUUCCAUGGCCACUCACGACACUUCAAUGCAUUCCUCUAUGGUUGCUCGCCGUCUCGUUCAUGGUUGCUCCACGACAAACCGCAAGAAGAUGAUGAUAUAUGUGAGGUGCUAGCUGCGAUCCUGCACCAGGUGAGCCCUGCUUUCACGUAUGAGUCAUGUUGUUUUGAUGUGGAACGGAGUAAGGAGUCAACAGCCCGAGUGACAGCCUGGCGCCAGUUUGGUAUUCGACUAAGCUACACAUACGAGUGCUCCACAGGUGGAUGUGACCAGGGCAUGUAUGCUGGUUAUCACCUAGGUGUGGCUCAGCUUGAGGAGCUGGGAACACAGUUUUGUGAAGGACUUAGUCGUCUGGAACUCACAGCUGAAGGUGACAUGCAGCUGGGCCCAUCUUGUGCUGAACUACUGGAUGUGUGUCGGCGGCAUGUCCGGGAGAAGAAGCGUGCUCCAUGCAGCAGUGGCAGCACAGACUCGCUCAUUGACGAAGAUGAGGAAGAGGAUGCGGUUCCCAUUGUGAAACCAUAGCUUGCCUGGUGCCACUUGUUUUACUACAUUUUACACAGUCAUUUUACGCGGACUGUUUUUAGCACUGUCUCAAGAUUGUUCCUUUUCUAUCAAAUGGUUGUUGGACUUGCAGACAGUUUGUCAGUCUGCACUGUUCCUUUUCUUUCUUUCUUUUCAUAAAGUAACAAGAUCAGCUUGGUCAUAACUCAA